AUGAUGUGAAUGAAGCAUAUGUGCAAUCCGGUGGUGAAUGUACAAAUUUGGGCCCUAGAGGAGGAGAGCGAUUCGAUCUGAACGGGGCGAGCUCACUGUCACUCGCGACACACCCAACUUCGCGGCAACGACUCAAGCAUGCUUGGUCCUUGGCGCAUCGACUUCGAACAGAACCGACGUUUUCAACCUCCAAAAUAUUUUGGAGAAGAAUAGGAACAUCAUGUGGAUGCUAUGAUCCUCGCGCGCAAGAAGGAAGGGACUCCCAAGUCGAUCCGGUGAAGCUCGCCCUCCUCGGUGCGCAGCGUUGGCCGCAACCGUGA